AUGAAAAACAAGUACUCUCCUAUUUCAGAUUCUGAUGACUCUUCCAAAACGCUCAAUGAUGAAAAGGCAGAUAGUCGGUCGUCUCCUUCAGAUGGUACGCCUCCUCCGUAUACAGCUUCAAACAAGUUUAUCGAUUUAGAAAUGGCUGAUGGAUCCGCUCAGAAUUCCGCCCAAGAAUCUGUUAAUAACACCAGGUCGGACCCUUCAACGAAUGAAGAGUGGUGGAAAAACUUUUCCGUAGGCAUAAUGACUAUUAUAGCUAUUUUAUAUAAUACUGUUUUUCUAGCCAUAGUUUUUGGUUACAAGGUUUCUCCGUAUACGAAUGUUUUUUACGGGCUUGCUGGCGGUUCUAUUGGGUCCAUUUUUAUUUUCCUAUUUAUGAUUCUUGUAACCUAUCCGGAAUGGUACAGGCAAGCUGGAAGAGCAACCAAAAAGGUUCUUAAGAAAUCUGGAAGAGCAACAAAGAAAGUGGCACCAGCUGUGUGUAAAGCCCUAAUUAUACUGAUAAGUUUGAAUGGAGUCGGUGGUUACGUUUUGAAAUUAUCAGGAGGUUUUGAAUAUAUACAUUCAGCUGCGAUGUUGGUUGUUUUGGCAGUACUGAACAUAUGCUUCUUUGUUCUUCUCAUUCAUAACCCAGAUGCAAUUGAAGAUCAUGUGCCUACACGUCUAAAUAGAAUUAGCAGGAAUGGUCCACCUCGUAACGAAGAGAUCGAACUUCAACCUCUUGCUGAGCAAAGCGCUAAUGUUUGA